AUGGCACUUCCAGCUCGUGGCCAUACUCAAUCACGAUUUCCACCUACUGCCCUUUUACCAGCGCACCACACAGGACAAUCUCGUAUCCUCUUAUGUAUCGGCAGUUCAGUUGUCCAGGUUCCACUGUGGCUACGAAAUACGCCGAGGAUAUACUCGUGGAUGGGAUAUAUGCACGUAAUCAACGACGGGAAGCUGGAAUCUGCGUGCAUUCUUCGCGUUCACGAAAUAAAGAAACAAUAUCACCCAACCAGCGUCAGAACUAUCAUCUGUGACCAGUUCAGGGCGAACGUUUCGACAGAGUUGGCAGGCAGAUCGGAGGGCAUUUUGUCUCGUCGCAGGCAAAGGGUCGCUUGCCUCGUUGGUCAACCUUAUUUGCGCUCUUCAGGUGGUCGACAUUCGAUGCCGCGUUAUCUGUCCCAAUUGGCUUACCAGAAGCUCCGAUCGCCUCGCAUCUUCAACGCAUAUAUCCACUUCGUACAUUUUGGCGCACUUCCUACGUGA